AUGCUGACGCUUCUACCCGACCGCUUUGUCCUUGAGGAGGUGACAGAGUAUGAUAUGAUCAUUGCCUCGCUGGCCUGGGGCUUUACACUCGGUAUCGGCUGGUUGACGACAUGGUCGGCCAUUCAGCAAACAAGGGCCAUCUACAAGCGUCGACGGAGGUCCAUCUUCAGAAAUGCCUACGUCUGGAUGAUCUGGGGAGAAAUCCUGGUUUGUCUUGGCUUUGGUAUUAUCUGCUUCAUGUACCUCUUGGGGCUCAUCCCCCCUAGCUUUGCAUUUUACUUCUGCAUCUUGACUUUAUGGGCUUUACAAGUUCAGUUCCUGCUUCAGAUCAUUAUCAACAGAUGCGCCAUUCUACUUCACGACAAGACCCAUGUCUGGCGCCUCAAGUACGGCGUUGCCUUUCUCAUUACGGCGAUCAAUAUUUCCGUUUACUGCAUCUGGGUCCCGGCAAGGUUGCAGAUCUCCGAAACAUAUAUCCAUGUGAACCUUGUCUGGGAUCGCUGCGAGAAGGUUAUCUACCUGCUGGUUGAUGCCUGUCUCAAUUUCUACUUCGUUCGCAUCGUGCAACAAAAUCUUGUUCAGUUGGGUCUCCGCAAGUACUCGAACUUGGUCAGGUUCAACAUGUUCAUUAUCAUCUUCUCUCUGAGCAUGGAUGUCCUCAUCAUCGCCAUGAUGAGCCUGAACAACACCUUUGUGUACAUGCAGUUCCACCCUCUCGCCUACAUCGUCAAGCUCAAGAUCGAAAUGUCCAUGGCCGACCUCAUCGCCAAGAUCGCCCGCAAGCAGGAUAACAACCCGGCCUCGGAUGAAGCCUUCUCGCGCUCUCAAGGCACGCACGGCACCCGCGGCGCGGACACGACCCUCAAGUCCCAGCACCCUCCUCCUCUGGAUGAACCCAAGGACGGCAAGAACAGGCCGUGGGCUACCGUCACAACCACAGUUGAAAUGCACACAAUGAAGAAGCCGGGGCCGGGCGACAAGCCCUUUAGCCACAACGAUACGGAUACCCUGAUCGACCAGUCGCCGACCAGCUCGUACAUACAAAGAACAACAAGCGCCAGCGGGGGGCACGACGAGCCCUCGUUCAGCCGAGGCGGUGGAGGUUCGAUGAGCAGCUAUGAGUCCAUGGCGCAUGGAAUCGAAGUGUCCGAUAAGGCUGUUGCGGGGAGGGUAUGA